CACCACACCAUCACAAGUAGCGUUCCUCCAAUUCGCGCCCCCCCCUCCUCACCAGUUUCAGUCUCUUUUCUUCAAGCUCAGUUCUGUGACGUCUGAAAAAGACCUUACCGGGAGGGGGGAAACGAUUAUUCGUUAUGUUUCUGCAUCCAAGUGAUGUGCUUGCUAACGGAUGCGCUGAAAAAAGGCGACAUCGGUGCUCCGAGCCGCAGCUUCGCCCAGAACGGACCUGCAUUCUGAGCAAACCUAUAGACAAGAAAGCCUCCCUGCAUUCCUCUCACGUCCUCGGUGUUCCCUUUUGCUUCGACCACAGCGGGAGGAGAGAGAGAAAGAGCAAGGCUCGGGAAGAAACACAGUGAAAGAGGUCCAACAAUCUCUAAACUAGUGUUUUUCGGAUGUUCUAAAAUUCCUUUGCAGAAGUGCUGUGAAGUGGCCCUGGGCUGUGACUUCAUCAGAUUCUGGAGGAAGAAUGCUGUGGGUUACUCUGUUAAGCACAAUAGCUUUAGGAUGGACAACACCGAUCCCCUUGCUGGAGGACUCAGAGGAGAUAGACGAGCCGUGCUUCGAGCCCUGCUACUGCGAGGUCAAGGAGAGCAUAUUCCACAUCCACUGUGACAGUAGAGGAUUUACAAAUGUCAGCCAGAUCACCCAGUCCUGGUCAAGACCUUUUAAACUCUACCUACAAAGGAACUCCAUGCGGAAGCUCUAUUUCAACAGCUUCCUGCACCUCAAUAGUGCCGUGGCCAUCAAUUUGGGGAACAACGCGCUGCAGGACAUCCACGUCGGCGCGUUUAACGGCCUGAGCGCUCUGAAGAGAUUGUACCUGCACGAGAACAAGCUGGAGGUGUUCAGGAAUGACACCUUCUUGGGACUGGAGAGUCUGGAGUAUCUCCAGGCCGAUUACAAUGUCAUCAAGAGGAUCGAGAGUGGGGCGUUCAGGAACCUGCACAAAUUGAGAGUGCUCAUACUGAAUGACAAUCUGAUACCGGCGCUGCCCAGCCUUCUGUUCAGGUCCGUGUCGCUGACGCACCUGGACUUGCGGGGGAACCGCCUGAAAGCGCUGGCCUAUAAGGGCAUGCUGGAGUACAUCGGCCGCAGCCUGAUGGAGAUCCAGCUGGAGGAGAACCCGUGGAACUGCGUCUGCGACAUCGUGCAGCUGAAGACCUGGCUGGAGCGCAUCCCGUACACGGCGCUGGUGGGCGAGAUCACCUGCGAGUCGCCCUUCCACCUGCACGGCAAGGACCUGCGGGAGAUCGGGCGGAGCGAGCUCUGCCCGCUGCUCUCCGAGGAGGAGGUGGAGGCCAGCCUGGGCAUACCCCGCCUGCCCUUCAGCAAGGAGAAGACCUGGCCCACCAAGCCGUCCUCCAUGCUCUCCUCCAACCACAACACCGCCUCCUCCGUCGAGAGCAAGGAGCGGCAGCCCAAGCCCACCAGGCGGUCUAGGCCGCCCAAGGCGUCCCCAACGCCACGCAGCGCCUACCCCGGCCCGAACCAGCCCCCGAUAGCCGGGUACCAGACCAGGCCGCCCAUCCCCAUCAUCUGCCCCACGGAGUGCGCGUGCAGCCUGCACAUCAACGACCUGGGGCUGACCGUCAACUGCAAGGAGAAGGGCUUUCGCAACAUAUCCGAGCUCCUCCCCAGGCCUCUGAACGCCAAAAAGCUCUACCUGAGCGGGAACCUGAUCCAGAAGAUCUACCGUUCGGACUUCUGGAACUUUUCCAGUUUGGAUUUACUGCACCUGGGCAGCAAUCGGAUAUCCCACGUCCAAGAGGGGGCCUUCCUCAACCUGCCGAACCUGAAGAGCCUCUACCUGAAUGGGAACGACAUCGAAAAGCUGACGCCUGGCAUGUUCCGCGGGCUGCAGAGCCUGCGCUACCUGUACUUUGAGUACAACGUGAUCAGGGAGAUCCAGCCAGCCGCCUUUGGCCUCAUGCCGGUCCUGCAGCUGGUCUUCCUCAACAACAACCUACUGCGGACGCUGCCUGUCGGCGCCUUUGCGGGCACCUCGCUGGCCCGCCUCAACCUGCGCAACAACUACUUCCUCCACCUGCCCGUCAGCGGGGUGCUGGAGCACCUGCACGCUGUGGUCCAGAUCGACCUGCACCAGAACCCGUGGGACUGUUCCUGCGACAUCGUGCCGCUCAAGCAGUGGCUGGAGAAGCUGAGCUCCGUCAUCGUGGUCGGGGAGGUGGUCUGCAGGACGCCGGACUUCGCCUCGGGGAAGGACCUGCGCUCGCUGGACGUGGCGCUGCUCUGCCCGGAGCUGAAGCGCUCGGCCCCCGGCCCCACCGCGCCGGGCGCGGUCGCCUCGCCCGGUGGCCAAGGGCUGGGCCUGCCCCCGGCGCGGGGCGUCAUCCCGCUCUCCGUCCUCAUCCUCAGCCUCCUGGUGCUCAUCGUCUCGGCCGUCUUCGCCGCCGCCGCGCUCUUCGCGCACGUGCUCAAGCGGCGGGAGAAGCUGCCCUUCAGGAAGCGAGGGGAGGCGGAGCUGGAGGGCAUCCACAUGGAGUGUGGGAUCUUCGAGGGCAGGGAGGCCCUCGAGCCCUCGCCGGAGAAGCCCCCGGGCCACGUCUACGACUACGUCCCCCACCCGGUGGCGCACAUGUGCAACAACCCCAUCUAUAAAACGCGUGAGGCUGACAUGGAGCAGCGAGCCCAGCAGCAGCAGCAGCAGCAGCAGCAACAGCAGCAGCAGCAGCAGCAGCAGUUUGCGGAAACUGAGGAGAAUAGCAGCAGCUACCGAACACUGCGAGAGAAGGAGAAGGAGUGGACCAUGGCCAUGUCCAGCUCCCAGCUCAACACCAUCGUGGCCAUCAGCCCCGGGGGGGACAUGGUGGGCUUCCACGAAAACGGAUUACUCUGCCCCACCGUGAUUGACAGCCAGGGCCCCACCCCCACGCUGGGGUACGUGGAGAGCCUGUACAGCACGGUCCCUAGGUUAAAGGAUGUGCGCGUGGCGCACCCUCACCCGCAGGGGGCGCCCUAUUCCGACUUGCAGCAGGACGACAGACUGAAGCCGACGAUCCUGUUCACAACGGGGAAAGGAUUUUCUGACCAAACCCAAAGCGAGUAUCUCGAGUUAAGGGCCCAACUCCAGACCAAACCGGAUUACCUCGAAGUCUUGGAAAAAUCAUACCGAUUCUGACAAAACCAAGUCCCUCCUUUUUCCACGCCCCCACCCCCCAACAAACUAAGUACACAAAUAGGCAGCAUGAUAAAAUGCUAAAUUGUAUUUAAAAUGAUUCCCCCAAGUUGCUUUGGAGGAAGGGCCAUACUCAGAUAUUCAAUAAAGUGCCUUCUUCAGAGUAGCCAGCAAUGUUCAAUCAAUACUUAUUUUUAUAUGGAACAGAUUUGUUUAUCCGGGAGCUGUUUGAACACAAGACAGAACGGCUUAGCUCAUAAAGUGGACCGCUGGUGGAAUGUUAGCGUCCCGGGAUGGGCGAGGAGCGGGAUGUGACGUCGUCUCGCAGGCAGAUAUGCCUCAGGCCCUUUGCAAUCUGCAGACAAUUGCAGUGUCAUGCAUGCAUUUAAGUGCAGGGCUGGAUUGCCGGUCAGACUCGUGGUGGAG